AUGGGGUUGCGCAACGGUUCCCUUGUCUGCGAUUACUGCUCGAGCAAAUUUUUUUCAUUCGAGCCAUUUCAGAUUGCAUGGGCUGCAAAGGACUCGUCGGAUCCUAAAGCAGGCUUCUCAUAUAUCACUCAAACUUGGCAGGAGAUUGACGACGGAGAAAAUAAAGGAUGUAAUUGGUGUGAUGUUCUUUGGGGAGAGAUUCCUUUUUGGUAUCAGCACCGCAAGCAAGAGGAAUCGCCUAUGCCAGAGGAAACUUUCAAAAUAACUGUGGGGUUUGAAAAACGGAAUUCAGAAGAUGAAAUUGUCCUGAAAGUCACGGUUGAAGACGACUGGACGGCCAGGUAUCAAGUGCGGUGCGACCCAGAUGAAAAUGCGGCUGCCUUUGUCCCUGGCAGAAUGCUGGUGUGGCAGGUUGGAUCUCCUCAAGCCUUCAAGCUGGCCUCAGACUGCCUCACACAAUGCACUCUUCGUCAUAAUUGUCCCAAACCUCAGGAAACAAGCCUCCCAACCCGUGUAAUAGACUGUUCGGAUCCAGAACGGCCAAAACUUGUUCUCACCAAAGGCAUGCAAGGCUUUUAUGCAGCGCUUAGUUACGUCUGGGGUGAACCACAACCGCACAGCGUCUGCACCACAAACCUCUCUACGUACCUAGAAUCAAUCGACAUACUCCUCCUUCCGAAAACCAUCAGAGAUGCCAUCUUUUGCUCCUACAAUCUCAAUCUCCGUUACCUUUGGGCUGAUACCUUGUGCAUUUUGCAAGAUUCGGACGAAGACAAGCAGCGCGAGAUUCCGCAGAUGUGCGAUAUAUACCGAUGUGCAUACGUAACAAUCAUCGCAGCCAGCUCGUGGAAAGUCAGCGAAGGAUUUCUCCAUAACCGCAAAAAACCAGUUGAAACGCUACUGCCAUUCUGGUGCCCGGAUGGAAAGCUCGGUACCAUCUCGGUCGAUGAAGAUGAUAGCCCCAUGUCAUCCAAAGAACCAGUGAAUCGCCGAGCUUGGUGUUUCCAAGAGCGCCUCCUCUCCCCUAGGACCUUAGUGUACGCUUCGCACACUCUCCAGUAUCAGUGUCAGACAGCAAUGAACGAAAUCGGAGACAUCUGGAAUUACCUUCCCUCGAAGAAACAAGGUGAAUUGCGUUUGCCAGAUACCAUGGUCUCACGCACACCGAGUAAAACGCUUUCGAGCAAUGACGUGGAGGUGGUGCUGACAGCCUGGCGGAGUGUUCUAAAGGACUACACACAACGCGCUGUUUCGGAUCCCUCUGACAGGCUUGUGGCGAUCUCAGGGAUCGCUCAGCUUUUCCAGCGUUGGUGGGGGGAUAGCAAUCGUUACAUCGCUGGGUUAUGGGAACGCGAUUUGUCCACCGACCUCCUGUGGUAUAGAGAUAGCCCAUCCUACGGAAGUCUCGUUACAGGGCAAUUCCUUGCACCCUCGUGGUCUUGGGCUGCUACGAUUGGAUGCAUCGCUGCCGGGUGGGACAAAAGAGUCGGAAACAUCAUAUGGGAAGUGCAAUCAUGCAACGCGAUCCCAGUCUCCGACAAUCAUCCUCUUGGUCAGGUGAAAGGCGGGAGAUUAAUUGUCAGAGCGAUCAUGAGAGAUGUGACCUGGGAUCCU